CGAUUCAAAUUUAAACAACUUUAUUGUUCUUUUUUAUAUCAACCUUUAUAAACAAAACUACUUGCCAAUUUUGCAAGCAUGUCAACCACCCACUACACACAGCUGCCGCCGUCUUAUAACGCCGCCGACAGGAUUGAGGAGGCCAGCGCCCAGGAGCACACCUCGGCUGACUUUGUACCCGAUGACUUUAAGUACGGUGUCAUGGUCAGUCAGUCCGACAUUGCCAUCCGCCACGCGUUUGUGCGCAAGGUCUACACAAUUCUCAGUCUGCAGCUGUUAGCUACCACUGUUGUUGGCGGCUACCUACGGCACAUUGAUGCUAGCAGCGGCUUUCUCCUGCAGCACGUGUGGACCGUGUACGCUGCCAUGGCCGGCACGAUUCUCUCGAUGGUCGGCCUGUGGUGGAAGAGCAACUCGCACCCCGCAAACCUCGGUUUCCUGUCAGCCUUUACUCUGUUUGAGGCGUAUGUCGUUGGCGCUGCCACAGCCUUUUACUCGACGUCGGUGGUGCUGCAAGCGCUGGCUAUCACGCUGGGGUUGUUUGCCGUGCUAACGCUGUUUACCCUGCAGUCACGCUACGACUUUUCCAGCAUGGGGCCAAUUCUGUUUUUUGCCCUGUGUGCCGUCGUCUUGGUCGGCUUUGUGCAGAUAUUUUUGCCGUUCAACCGCACCUUUGAUCUGGUCAUGGCUGUGGUCAUUGCCCUAGUAUUCUGUGGCUACAUCGUGUACGACACGUACAUGAUCAUGAACCGCAUGACGCCCGAUGACUACGUGAUUGCCAGCCUUAGCCUAUACCUCGACCUGAUUAACCUGUUUAUUGCCAUCCUGCGCAUCCUGGGCGACCGCGACUGAGCGCGGCCUUUCAAAAUUUCAAUUAUCAAUUUUUCGAUUUAUAUUUUCAUCUCCAUAUA